AAAAGUAACUACAGUUUAGCGUACUUGUCGGACCUGUUGCAUCUGUUGCCGAUUAUUGUUUUUUUCGUAGUAAUACUUCAUUGGAAAAAAAAAAUAACGCAUAUUACACAGCAUGCACUCUAUUGUUACUUUUACUGGGAAGAGAAGAAUCCGUGAGUCAGCAUCGUCCAUCCACCAGAAGCACAGCGGACAUGAAAACCGAGAAGCCUUCAUUUUUAUAAGAGAAAUCAUAUCAUAAAAACCGUCAACAUGUUUACACACAGACUCCUCUUUCCAAUAUUGUAUUUCUUCGUUGUCCUAAUCGUACUGCCGAUAUUCACCAGUGAUAAAGUUUAUUCCAUGUUUUACCAAGAUGACGUGCCAAAGAACACGGAGAUAGAUCAGAUGAAACUCGAGUUCAGGAAGAAAGGAGUUCAGAAGUAUUUACGGAGCUUAGAUGCGGCUGCCACGCUUGAGUAUCACGAGGACAAGUUAUCCGAGUCGGUGGAUAACCUGAUCAUCAUCUUCGCGAGGAGGCCAAAGCACGAUGACCUCCUCCUGUCACAACUCGUAGCCGAAGUAGACCGGAACAUCAGACGGGAAAAGUUCUACAAAAGUGCCUUUUUCGUGUGUAACGUCACGAGGAUUAACUUCCCGGAACUCGACCUCUUGUCUCGAAUCUACCCCGUGCGACAAGCCAAGAACACGACAAGCUGGAAGCUCUUCAAUCGCGAGGAAGUCAUCAAGCACGACUUCGUGGAGUGCAUCACCCACGCCCUCUCCGAGACGAACGCCAAGCACCUGACUCUCCUGAGGGAUCACGUGGUGCCGUACUCCGGGUUCCUGCAGGUGCUCAACCGAGUCAUCAUGACGAGGCUCAACCGCACGAUCAGCCGCGGGGAGCUCAUGCCGGCGUACUCCUCGUGGCUCUUCCUCCACCUGCAGGAGCCCGUCCCUUUCCGCCACUACGAAUUCAGCCUCAGUUGCGUCUACGAACUGAUCCUCAUCUCGAGCUUCGGCGGACUCCUGUUCCUCUUGGUCUUCUGGUGGGUGGAAGAGCCGCGCCACCACCACCUGGUGUCCAUACGCCUCACCUACAUCUUCUACGGCGUCCUCUACUUCCUCACCUUCGCCCUCAUCAUCGGACGCCCUUACGUCAGCGAGCUACGCCGCUUUGCCCCGGAGUUCUACCGCCUCUACGACCCUCCGGAGCCCGUCCACUUCUCCGCCAUGAGCCUCCCGACCGCGAGUGCAGCCAAGCUCGUUAACUCCCUCAGCGACGUCAGGUGCUCCGUGUAUGUGCCUUUCCACCGCGUGUUGGAUCACAUGGUCAACACGAUCGAACUCCCAGGUUACGUCAUAUCCCCCAGUCUCGUCAAAUACGUGGCUAGGACGUGAAUGCAGAAUGGAGACUGUGCUGGGUGACAUUUAAGUGUGCCAAUGUUUAAAUACAUAAUACAGUUAAUAUCUAAUACUUUUGUGUGAUAGCAGGUCAGUAAAUUAUUCUUUUGUCUCUUGUUUGAGAUUGUGUGAUGGUGGUGCCUUUUUUGUUAGAUGCGUAUUGUUGUUUGUAGAAUAUCUAGUCGUAUUUUUGGCAUUAUCCGACUCUGUAUGGAGAAAAUGAAGAAAAUGCGCCAUCAUGAUACUGUUGUCAUUUUCUCAAGGAGAUCUUUGUCAUCUUCAUUGCCAUUUACUUCUGAAUUUUCCUUUUAUUUGGUAUUUAUAUUACUGUUGUUUUUCUGUAUCUUAAACAAGGUACUUAUGACUGUUACUUACAUAAAAAUGUAUCUGAUAUAAUAUAUAUUUAAUAUAUGUGCAAAUAAAUGUGCUAUUUUGAAA